CUUCCCAAGGCACCAGGUCACUUGGACCUUGCUACUUCCUGCUCUUCAGUCCACAGUUCAGACUAUGGAGCUGUGGGUGCAGCUGAAGCAGGCCGGACAGGAGCCCGUUGGGUUGGGUCCACUGCCCCAGGCUCUAAGGAUGGCCCCACCAGAGGGGAACCCUGGCCAGACCCUUCUGUCCUCAGGGACAGAACCUGGGGGUGCCACGGAACUGCUGCUGUGGAUCUGGGAGGAGCUGGGGAACCUGCGCAGAAUAGAUGCCCAGCUGUUGGGACAGCUGUGUAAGGUGGGACUGGAGAUGGAGUUUCUUCGGGAGGAGCUGGUCGCCAUCCUGGAAGAGGAGCAAGAGGAGCAGGAGGAAGAGGAGGAGGAGGAGGAGGAAGAGGAGGAGAGCUGUGUUAAAGAGGACAAAGGGCCCCGGGGCAGGCAAGAGGACGGACACUCAGGGGCCUCCUAUCCAGCCCAGCUCCUCCCUGACUUUGAGAUGACCAUCUGAGGUGAUUUAGAAUCAAUGGUGCUCCUGCAGCAGAUAGCUCUCCCCAAAGAUGUGCAGUGGCAGAUCCUAGCAGUGGCCUGGGUGCUGUGGGCAGGGUCCGUUGUAGAAUACGGAAGGCACAGAAGCCAUAGGUCUGUCUGUAGAAAUGUUUCUAGUGUGGCCCGGACACCCAGUGCUGGCAAAGCGAUAGAGCAUGGGCAGACAGGAUGGAAGGCCAAUUCUGCCUAAUGUGGUAGGUGCAACGGUCACUAAGCAAUUGGAACAAGAUGGGUUGAGAUUGAGAUGUGGAAAAUGACAAAGUUC